AUUUACAACAACAAUUGAAUUACAGUUCCGGAAGUCGAAGAUACAACCGGGUGAAUUGUCGCACCUAUAAAUUCACGCGGCUCAGCUUAUUCAACAAACCCUAGACUUCAUUUGCGGCUGCCAUUUCCCAGUGAGUACUACGCAUCUCUAUAGCCGAAACAAGCCGCACAACUAGCUAGUAAUGGCAGUCGCAUUCCAUGAUCUUGUCUCACCGGCUGGCCUCAAGAAGCUUGAUGACUACCUCCUUUCUCGCAGUUAUAUUACGGGGUACCAAGCUUCAAAAGAUGAUGUUACAGUGUAUGCAGCUCUGCCAAAGGCUCCAUCAUCAGAGUAUGUGAAUGUGUCCAGGUGGUACAACCACAUUGAUGCCCUCCUAAGGAUUUCUGGUGUAUCUGCAGAAGGGUCAGGAGUUACUGUUGAGGGAUUUGCUCCUAUCACGGAGGAGGCGAUAGCAACUCCUCCAGCUGCUGAUUCGAAGGCUGCUGCUGAGGAUGAUGAUGAUGAUGAUGUGGAUCUGUUUGGUGAAGAGACUGAAGAGGAAAAGAAGGCUGCAGAAGAACGGGCUGCUGCUGUCAAAGCAUCUGCAAAAAAGAAAGAGUCCGGAAAGUCAUCUGUGCUAUUGGAUGUCAAACCAUGGGAUGAUGAGACUGACAUGAAAAAGCUUGAGGAAGCAGUUAGAAGCAUUCAGAUGGAAGGGCUGCUUUGGGGAGCCUCCAAGCUUGUACCUGUUGGAUAUGGUAUAAAGAAAUUGCAGAUUAUGCUAACCAUUGUGGAUGACUUGGUGUCUGUGGACAAUCUCAUUGAAGAAUAUCUAACAGUUGAGCCAGUGAAUGAACAUGUCCAGAGCUGUGAUAUUGUGGCCUUCAACAAGAUAUAAUUUGGGGAUCCUUCUCACUGGGACCGGGUGCAGGAGAGGUUUCUACAAGUGAAGAUCUUGUAUUUGGGAGAAAUGAUAUAUUAUUUUUGACCUUUUCGCAUGAUUACAUUUACAUCCGCAUUUUGGCUGCUCUAAAUCUGAUAUCUUCGUUGUUAUUGGACCUGGUUAAAGUGUUGUUUAUUGGAUAUGUGGGCUGGUGACAA